AUGAAAAAGAUUUAUGAAGAAGAAAAGGAAUGCAAUGAAAAAUUAGAAAUAUUGACAGUAAAAAUCAAGAAAUGUAACAACGAAUUAAAUGUUUUAAAUAAUAAAUAUACUCAAUUACAAGCCAAAACCCAAUUGGAACUAAAGAAAAAUGAAGAAUUAAAAGAAAGAUUAGUUCAAUUACAAUCAGACAAAAAAAAACAGGGUGAAUCUUUUGAAAAAACCUGCAGUUUGUAUUCUAAUGCAAUUAGUAAAUAUACUAAUUAUUUAGGAAUAAAAGCAGAUUUUGAUGAAAUCGAUAAUAAAAUUAUUAACAUUUAUUUCGUUAAUGAUUCCGAAGGGUUUCAUGAUUACCCCAAUAUGAUAAUCGAAUCGUUAAACAAAAACAACAAAGAAUUUAAAGUUAAAAAAUUAGAUAAUCAUAUGGAAGAUGACGACCUUAUUUAUAACAAAUCGUUUAAAAGAUUUCAAAUAGCUCAAUUGGUUUCCAAGUUACAAAAUUCAUUGAAUUCAAAUUGCUAA